AUCUCCCGCCCAUCCCGGGGCUCCUGCCCGUCUGCGCAAGUGCCUCCUUGACGUUACGGUCGAAAGAGGUGAAAGGGCGCAGGCGCCGGACGCAAAGGGGACCCCGACGGCUGCAACAUGGCGGACAAGGAGAAGAAGAAGAAGGAGAGCAUCUUAGACCUAUCCAAGUACAUCGACAAGACCAUCCGCGUGAAGUUCCAGGGAGGCCGAGAGGCCAGUGGAAUCUUAAAAGGAUUUGACCCUCUGCUGAACCUGGUACUUGAUGGCACCAUUGAAUAUAUGAGAGAUCCCGAUGACCAGUACAAGCUCACUGAAGACACUCGUCAGCUGGGCCUGGUGGUCUGCAGAGGGACCUCAGUAGUGCUCAUUUGCCCGCAGGAUGGCAUGGAGGCCAUUCCAAACCCUUUCAUCCAGCAGCAGGACGGAUAGCCCCUGGCUUCCUCCACACAGACCUGGUGGCUUCUCGGCAGCUCUGUUGAAGAGGGCUCGGAGGUUUCAGCUCGGCAGGGAAAUACCUUCCUUUUCUGAAAGGACUCAGUGACCUUCCCUCAUUACAACUCGCCGGCUGGGAGAGAAGAGACUUUUUUUU